UUGUGACCGCGGUAAUAGUUUUAAGCAAGUUUUUAUUGUGUUUUUAAUCGAGAGUUUUGACUCUUUAAUGAUAUAUAAUUGUCUUAGCUACAUACUUUGUCGAGGAGAAUAUGCAAUGAUAAACAAGCUUGGAGAUUGAAAAGUUUUUUUUACUUUAUGAUAUAUUUUUUCGAUCAGCUGCAACUGAGUUUUCUUAAACACACAGAUUCAAAAAUGGAAAUAAAACUUUUUAAUGUACCUGUAGUUUUUCUGCUUGUUAUGUUCCACAAAGGAUUCGAUUUUGGUAUGAUGAUGCCCACCAUUAUGUCACGCUAUUUUGAGAUAACGAAAAGCAAAAACACAGCAGCUUUUUAUUUUGGACUCAACACUGGCACUUUUGCACUUGUCCAAAUGAUUUCAUCAGCAGUUAUUGGUCCUAUUUACGAUAAAACCAAAAAACUAAAACCCCUUUGCAACGCCAUUGUGGUUGUGACUCUGAUCGCGUACAUCAUCUAUGCUUUCGCAACCACAGCUACGGUUGCCAUUAUAGCUCAAUCAAUAUCUGGUAUUUUUGCAUCCUUGACUGUUAUUGUGUAUGCGGAGAUGUCAACAGAUAGUUCAAAAUUGACGAAAUUUCUAUCAGUUGGUCAGUGUUUUGAUGCGGUUGGGACUAUUAUCGCAACGGUGAUAAACUCCUGGGCACUCCCAGAUGUAUCAAUUUAUCUCGGAACGUAUCAUAUUACUCCAGCUACCAUUGCACCUUGGGUGUGUGCAAUUUUUACCUUAGCUUUGUUCAUCAUUAUCCAAGUGACUGUAAAAAAUAACACAACUCAAGACGGUCAUGACAACCAGGCAUCCAAAUUUCAACUUAAAAUGGUUACUUGUCUCAUAAACGAUUAUUUUUUUUGGUUGGUUUUAAUAAAUCAGUUUAUCAUCAACAUAGUGAUUUCUGCCUUUCAUAUCUUCACGCAAACUACGUUUUUGGAAUGUUUUAACUGUCCAACUAAAUGCGGUAGUAUGACCAUACUGGGAUCCUUAGUGCUACGCUUAAUUAUUCUUGUGAUCAUUCCAUAUGUCGUCACACACAUCAGCGAAAACUUCCUUCUUGCUUUCAUUGCGUUAGCACAGGUCUGGCUCAUGAUGGCUGUAUCACUGUCAACCGCAUCCGCUGGACAAACGAGCUGCUAUUUUGUGGUUGCAGCUGGUGCUUACAGUUACAGUAUUCUGUGGUCAUCCAUGAAUUUAUUAGUUCCAGCUAUCGUUGGUAAGCAUCUACCAGAAGAACUUAAAGCAACUGGUCAGGGAAUAAGUCAAGUAGUCUAUGCUUUGGCAUCAGUUAUUAGUCAUCCAAUAGCCGGUGCUGCUUUCAUAUAUCUUGGACCUGCGUGUAUGACAUUGUCUGCUGCAGUAUUAUUGGGUAUAAUUUUAUGGAAUCUUUACUGGCAAAGGCAAAAAGUUUGUACAUCAUAAAUGUAAUUUUGAAAAACAUGCAGCUGAAUGUGCUGUGGAGGAGAAGUCACGUAUGCAUUAGACACAAAAAGCUGUAUAGACAGAAUUUAAGAUUUGACGCUAAGGAUGUUGAUCAUCAUUUCAGGUUGCUCAGAGGUUGCUCAUUAUUUUAUUACACCGCACACAAGACUCAUCUCUUCUUUUAAGAUAAAUUUGUAAAUAACCUUGUAGCUUUUUAGUUUGCAUAUGUAAAUUGUAUAAAACUUUUUUGGGAAUAGAAUUUUGCCGUACUAAAAGCA